UUUCAAGGGUUUUCAUGGAAAGCGUCUAGUUACGUGAAGUUGAGUUGAAGCUAAUAAGAUUUCGAUGACAAAUAAUGUCUUUUUUAUAUAAAAAACCCUAUAAACUCUGUCAGUUUCUCUCUUGAAACAUAGCUUUGCGACACGAUAGUUCUGAAAUGAGCAGUAGUUACCGCGGUUUUCAUAAAUCCUGAUGUCAAAUCCCUCAUCAACACGAGGAAGUUUGUUGAGGACCAUGUCAUCCAAAUUCAACUUCAGCUUUAGAAGAAGAGAGAAGGAAGAAUUACGGAAUAUAGCUCAUGGCUUGAUCCCCGCUGCCACCAUUGCCCCCAGACCUGCUGUUCCCCGCACUCCUCCCCCACGAAGUCCCAACCCCUCUUCAGGGAGACCCAGGUCUGCCUUGGCAGCUGCCAUAUUAUCUUCCUCCCUGACGGGCCGUACUGUUGCCAUUCCUCCUCCACGCCAAAGGUCUUACUCUGAGAAUGAUCGUUCACGUGCAGACAGCCAAACUGACUUUGAGCCCUAUGCUGCCACGGCACGUUAUACAAGAGACACCUGGCCCGACUCGGUGACAGGAAGACCCCCUGUGCCUUCCCCAGGAUAUUCUGAUGAUGACGAAGGUGAUGACAGUGAUGAGGUGGAGGGAGAUGAAGAUCAUGUAUAUCAGUCCCUUGAGAGACAGAGCAGAGCUGAUGACAUAAAUGUUGUUUACGCCGUGCCAUUAAAACACAGGAAGGGCGAGACUAAUUCAGACGUUGAUGAAGAGAUCGAAGACUCUGCAUUUGAUAUUGUGUCUCCCCUACAGACUGAAGAGGAAAUUGUGGUUCAGGAAGAAGCAGCUAAAAUGCAGCCAUCAUCGCUACGGCAACCAGGAUCAGGCUCUCCUGGGAGCAUGGCAUCUCCAGAGCUAAAUGAUGACUGGAGCGCUCAGUCUCACAAAUCAGUGAAUACUUCAAAAAGGAAGCCCUCACGGAUGAAGGAGAGUCCAGUGAGAGGGAAAGAGAGAGACAUCAGUCCAGAGGCCAGUGAAGCGUUGCGCAGUACGCUAGAGGUGCAGCAAGCACUUGUAAAGGAGCAGAGGGAGCAGACUCAAAUUCUGGCCCAGGAGAAAGAGACGCUGGAGAAGAGAUGUUUACAACAGAGUCAGCACAUAGAGCAUCUCCGGCAGGAGCUCUGCCGCUCUCACACAGAGAGAGGAAACUCCACAGGUGCCUCCUCACUCGCUGCAAUACAUCCCACAGCACUAACAGAGCCUAUCCAACGUGAGAGCACUGAGUUACAGAAUCUGAGGCAGCAGGCUCAGGAGCCGGUGGAUGAGAAUGAUGGGCUGAAGAUGACAGUUCACCGUCUCAAUGUGGAGCUCAGCAGAUACCAGGCCAGAUUCCGACCACUCACCAAGGAUGAGGAAGAACUACAGAGACUGAGAGCACGUACAGAGGAGGUUUUUCAGGAAAAUGAGAAACUUCAUGCUCAGGUCAACAAAAGCAGCACUAAAGUAUUGGUAGAGCAGUUGGAAUUACAGCAUGCCAAAUCUAAAGAAACCCACAGCAAACAUACACGGGAGGUGUGUAAAGUGUCCAAACAGCUGAUGUUGUUGGAGUCAGAGGAACAGGCUCUGGAGAAAGAGCUAGAGGUGGAGCGUAAAGAGCACCAUGCCCUGAAGACAGAGUUUCAGAGAGUGCACUUGGCUCUAGAACACUCUCUGAGCUUGGCUGAACACAAUGCUGUGACUGACAAACUCAAAAGACAGCUGCAGGAUCAUGAGAGGGUGAAGAAUAGUGAGGUUGAAGAGCUGUUGGCUCGUGUGAGUGCGCUGGAGGCGGAGAGAAAGACUCUGCUGCUGGACAAAACCAACCUUAACACAAACAUCAAGCACAUGGAAACAGAGCUCCAGCUUUCACAGCAAGCUAACAGGAAAGCUCAGAAGCGUAUAAGUGUCCUGAAGCAACAGGUUGAAGACUCUUUAGAGAAAGAGCUCAUCGCUCAUCAGUACCUUGCCAACAUUGUCACACUUGCAGAAAGAACCACCCAUGAAAGAGACCAGCUCAUGCACAUGGCUUCAACUCUAGAGAAAGACAAGCAGGGCAUCCUCACACGCAUCAUAGAAAGCACUGUCAGCCUGGGAAAACUUCAAGAAAAAGUAAAGGUGUACAAGCAGCAGGCGUCAGUGAGUGUAUGCGCUCUGGGUCGGCGUCUGUGCGAGCAGGAGGAGGACUUUGCGGGGAAAGCGGCGAAUUAUCAACGAGAGAUCCGGCACCUGCAGAGCCAACUCAGAGACAGACAGGAACAACUGCACGGAGCUCUGCAGCAGAAGAGAGAGGUAGAAGGUGAAUUGGAGGUGGUUUGGGAGGCAGCGACCAGAGAGAGUCAGCGCUUGAGAGAGGUGGUGUUAGGGAGUCCAGCCACCGUGGCUCCAGCCCUACGCAGCACUUCCGGCCAGAGUCCUGCCAGGAUCCCUCGUGUAGAGGAUCAUUUGUCCUGCUCGCUGCCCCCUCCCUUCACCUCCAGACAGUGCUGUCCGCCACAGCUUUUACAGCGCAGUCACAUGUUUGACUCCGACUCCGACCAGCACCAGAAUCCGUCUUCUGAUGAAAGUGACAAGAGUGGACGGGACUCCUGAU